AUGGGCUACCGCAUUGACUCAUGGAAGGGAGAGGCCCUGUGUGGCACUCGCGUCAGGGUUGGACGCGAUUCGGAUGAAACAGCGACCAUUGGAGGCACUGUGAUCAUCGAUGGCGAGUACUAUGCACUGACCGUUCUGCAUCCCUUUCUGAAACCUCCUUCCAACCAGCACAGAAAGCGUUGGGCCUCGUUCCGGUCCCGCGCGAUGUACGCCCUGGACAGCGAGGAGCCCCACGCGGUGGCCUAUUUGCCCCGCUACAAAGGGACCAGGAAGUUCAACCCCGGCUUCUGGUCGGUUCGACAGAAUUGGGCUCUGUUUCGAUUGUGUGAUCAAAGGCCCCGGUCCAAUUGUGUCACGGUCGGGGGGUGGCAAGUGCUCUCACCAUCCAAGGUCACCGGAAGCUCGCCCCGCGGUCAGCUGUGGUGCUUGCUGGGGAACGGCGCUCGCCCCCCCGUCAGAACCGACGUGUCUGGAAGAUUGAGUAGCCUGUCUGUCGCAGCCACCGACUUCCCCGUAGCGUAUCAAUUGAGUAUGGUUUCCUUUGCGGAGGAUAUUGGAGCCUGGGUGGUGGAUGGAGGGGACAAUGGCUCCCUGUUUGCCAUGAUUGUGGCGCAAGAUGACCAGGACUUCACCACCUACGCCAUCAGUGCGGCGGAUAUCUUCGAUGAGUUGCAGAAGCGAUUUCCAAAUACCUCGAUAGCGAUCGCCUAG